AUGGCCAGAGGCCAAGCUCCAGGUGAUCAUAGUUCAGAUGAAGACUACAUAGACAUGGAAGUGAGCUCUUCCUCCAACUUCUUGUGCUAUACCAUCAGCUCUCCACCACAAACCAGAGAGUUUGAGUUCCAGAUGUCCUCACUUUGUCAAGACAAAGAAACCACAAAUUCCCCAGCUGAUGAACUCUUCUACAAAGGUAAGCUCCUCCCGCUCCACCUCCCACCUCGCCUGCAAAUGGUCCAAAAGAUCCUCCAAACCUCCAACAACAAAACACAGGAAGCCAUUGACGAAAGCUUCACCAAAAGGGAAAGCUCCAAUACCCCAUUGGACCAGUCCUACAAUAUCGCCCCCUCAGAGUCCUGCAGGGUCAGCAGUGAACUCAACUCAGAUGAGUACAUCUCCGAAUGGACGGCUGACAUGUGUGUGAAUUUCAUUGGUGGGCACAAUGAUCAUCAAAAGAAAUCUUGGUCCACAAAGCUGAAGCAGAUCAAGCAGUCCUCAUUGGGUCAAAAGCUCAAGGCUUCAAGGGCAUAUGUGAAGUCCCUGUUCAGAAAAACCACCUGUGCGGAUGACUACAACUCAUGUGCAGAAGCAGAAAGUGGCUCAAAAGUCAGAGACUUUUGCUCCAACAAGUACAUGAACGUGGCUGAGAAAACCCCAUUUGGAAGAGUCGACGGUGGCAGAUUCCAAAUAUCAUCAACCACUCUCAUGAAAAGCAUUGAGAAAGAAAUGGCCGAGGAAAACUCAAACACCCACAGAAAAUCUUUCUCUGGGGCAAUUCAACAUACAACUGCCCUGCAAUCUCUGUGUUCACCUACAUCUUCCUCCGUUUCUUCGUCUUCCUCGUCUUCUUUCUCCUUCAGCUCAAGUGGGUUCUCAGAUUUGCAGCUGCUGAAGCGAAGUACGAGUGCAAAUUCAGAGCUUGAGGGCUCAAUCGAGGGGGCAAUUGCUCAUUGCAAACAGUCCCAGCAGCUGUUGAGUUCAAGAAUGCAGUUUGUGGGGGUGAAGAGAUCUCACCAGGGUUCGUCCAAUAAUCCUAUGAGAGACGCACACAUGAAUAAUUUGAUUGCAUUAUAUGAUUGA